CGGGAACCCCUACGCCGGGCUGGUGAGCCACCUGCGGGCGUCGUGGCUGGCGGGGGAGAAGCCCACCGCCCGGGACAUGGGCAAGCCAUCCUUUGAGGCUUACUUCUCCGAGAUCCUCCUCUGCAAGAACGAGCUCAACAACACCUUGAACAACCUGUCCUGCUGGAUGAAGGACGAGCACGUGGACAAGAGCCUGGUGAUGCAGCUGGACUCUGCCUUCAUCCGCAAGGACCCGUAUGGGGUGGUGCUCAUCAUCGCGCCCUGGAACUACCCCAUCCACCUCUUCCUGGUGCCCCUCAUCGGGGCUAUCGCUGCCGGUAACUGUGUCAUCAUCAAACCCUCGGAGACGUCCAAGCACACGGAGAGACUCGUGGCCGAAGUGCUGCCCUGCUACCUGGACAAUGACUGCUUUGCCGUGGUGACCGCGGGUGUGGAGGAGACCACCAAACUGCUGGAGAACAAAUUCGACUACAUCUUCUUCACCGGCAGCCCCUCUGUGGGGAAGAUCAUCAUGACAGCGGCUGCCAAGCACCUGACGCCCGUGACGCUGGAGUUGGGGGGCAAGAACCCCUGCUACGUGUCCGACACCUGCGACGUGCAGAACGUGGCGCGGCGGGUGGCCUGGGGCCGCUUCUUCAAUGCGGGGCAGACCUGCAUCGCGCCCGACUACGUGCUGUGCACC